AAGAUGAUAAUGAGUGUUAGGCGAAUCGUGUGAACGUCCCCUCGUUUCUUGCAGAUUCACGUUACUUUUAUCUUUACAAAUUUCGUUUUUUUCCUUUUAACCACUUGUUCAGUCAUAGUUAAUUAAUUACUUUUGUACGAUUUAGCAAAACUAUCGUUGCAAAUACAGUUUUCCCUAUUUAAUAUCAGAAAGUACUAAGUAGUAAUACUUCAAGAUGGGCAUGGACGAUUUUUCAAAAAGGAAGACAGAGGACAUCAAAAGCCGUCUCUAUGUCGUUAAAAGAAAGGGAUUCAAAGAACCGGUCCAUUUCGAUAAAAUCACAUCUAGAAUUCAAAAACUGUGCUAUGGCUUGAAUACGGAGUACGUCGAUUCGGUAGAGAUUACCAUGAAGGUUAUUUCUGGAUUAUACUCAGGAGUUUCUACCGUUGAAUUAGACAACUUGGCAGCGGAGACCGCUGCAACGAUGACGACCAAACAUCCCGAUUAUGCGAUUUUGGCUGCUCGAAUUGCUGUUUCUAAUUUGCACAAACAGACUAAAAAAAGUUUUAGUGAAACCGUCCAUGAUUUGUAUACAGCCACUAGGGAAUUCACAGGAGAACCGAUGGCAUUAAUUUCAGACACACACCAUAAAAUCAUCAUGGAAAAUGCAGACAAAUUAAAUUCAGCUAUUAUUUAUGACAGAGACUUCAACUAUAAUUAUUUUGGGUUUAAGACGCUUGAAAGGUCAUACCUUCUUCGCAUCAGAAACAAAAUUGUCGAGAGACCUCAGCAUAUGUUGAUGAGAGUCGCGAUUGGAAUUCAUGGAGAAGACAUUGACGCUGCAAUUGAAACUUACAAUCUACUUUCUGAAGGAUAUUUCACACAUGCCUCCCCCACACUUUUUAACGCUGCAACACCAAAACCUCAGCUGUCGAGUUGCUUUUUACUUGCAUUAAAAGAUGAUAGCAUCGAAGGUAUCUUUGAUACAUUAAAACAGUCUGCGUUGAUUUCAAAAACUGCUGGUGGUAUUGGAAUUCACGUACAUUGUAUUCGGGCAAAAGGCAGUUUAAUUGCUGGAACAAAUGGCAUCUCUAACGGACUUGUGCCAAUGUUAAGAGUUUUUAAUAAUACUGCUCGAUAUGUGGAUCAGGGUGGCAAUAAGAGACCAGGUGCUUUUGCAAUUUACCUCGAGCCUUGGCAUGCUGAUAUUUUUGAGUUUCUCGAUUUGAAAAAAAAUACUGGAAAGGAAGAGGUACGGGCCCGUGAUCUUUUUUAUGCACUUUGGAUUCCUGAUUUGUUCAUGGAAAGGGUUGAAUCUAAUAAGAAAUGGAGUCUUAUGUGCCCGCAUAAAUGUCCUGGUCUUCAUGACGUCUGGGGUAAAAACUUUGAGGAUCUGUAUGUAAAAUAUGAAAACGAAGGUCGUUAUAUACGACAAAUUGACGCAAGAAACUUGUGGAAUGCUAUAAUUGAGUCUCAGGUGGAAACCGGUGUUCCUUACAUGCUGUACAAAGAUGCGUGCAACAGAAAAUCCAACCAACAGAAUUUGGGCACCAUUAAAUGUAGCAAUCUUUGUACAGAAAUAGUAGAAUAUACAUCUGCAGAUGAGAUAGCAGUAUGUAAUUUGGCUUCGAUUGCUUUAAACAAAUAUGUCAAACAAGAUCGUACUUACGAUUUCAAAAAGUUAAAAGAAGUAGCCAAAAUUGUAACAAAGAAUCUCAACAAAAUCAUCGAUGUAAAUUAUUAUCCUGUCGUCGAGGCUAGGAGGUCGAACAUGAGGCAUCGUCCUAUUGGAAUUGGUGUUCAAGGUUUAGCCGAUACUUUCAUAUUGAUGAGGUACCCGUUCGAGAGCAUUCAGGCCCAAACAUUGAACAAACAGAUAUUCGAGACAAUUUAUUAUGGCGCGCUUGAAGCAAGUUGUGAUCUUGCUGAGAAACUUGGACCGUACGAGACAUAUGAUGGUUCACCUGUUAGCAAAGGAAUUUUGCAAUACGAUAUGUGGGGAGUGACUCCAUCUGAUCUAUGGGACUGGAAUGCUCUCAAAGAGAAAAUAGCAAAGCAUGGUGUUAGGAAUUCCCUUUUGAUCGCUCCAAUGCCUACAGCAUCUACAGCUCAGAUUCUCGGCAAUAAUGAAUCUUUUGAACCGUACACCACUAACAUUUACACAAGAAGAGUGCUAUCUGGAGAAUUUCAGGUUGUAAAUCAACACUUAUUGAAAGACUUGGUCAAUCUACAGUUAUGGAAUGAGGAGAUGAAAAAUAGUUUAAUUGAGAAUGGUGGUUCGAUCCAGAACUUCAAAGAGGUACCAUCUGAAUUGAAAGCGAUUUACAAAACAGUAUGGGAGAUCCCACAGAAAACUAUUUUACAAAUGGCAGCAGACAGAGGAGCGUUCAUUGACCAAUCGCAGUCUUUGAACAUUCAUAUUGCUGAGCCAAAUUACGGAAAGUUGACAUCGAUGCAUUUCCAUGCAUGGAAGCUGGGAUUAAAAACUGGAAUGUAUUAUCUGAGAACGAAGCCUGCUGCCAAAGCGAUACAGUUUACUGUUGACAAGACAAAAUUAAAGGUCAACUCGCAGCCUGCUGCCACUGAGAAAACGGAUGACGAAAUUGCAUAUAACAUGGCGGCAAUGGUGUGUUCAUUGGAUAACAAGGAUGAAUGCCUUAUGUGUGGAUCUUAAAAGAUACGAGUUUAAAUUGAAAACUUUUUAAUUUUUCGUAAUUAUCAAUAAAAUUGUAAGUAUUUUAAGUAUAACAAAAAAUAAAAUUGCACAUUACAAUUAUUCGUACCCUUGAACAUAAUAAUGAUUUAUUGUUUUUUUAAUAAUUCAAUUUCCAUUAUUCACUGUUAAUAUUUUAUUUGUACAACCAUCUGUGAGCUAAUGUUAAUAAUAAAUAAAAGUUUUUACAUUUUUUUAAAUGUGUUUUAAUGAGAUAUUAAAACCAUAUAACUUAGGAAGUAGAAUCUAUUCCCAACCUUUGUGCCUAGGGGAUUUUAUUCAAGAUAGCCGUAUGACACCUUUAAGCCAUCUUAUGUGAAGUGAAUAUGUAUUAAAUAAUCAAACAAAGAAACAACAUGUUUAUUAAACUUCACAGGACUCGUGAGAGUUAUCUUGCACUAGUGUUUCUUUUUUUGCAUUUUAAGAGCUACUUUUAAGAGACACUCAUGAUGCUAAGGUUGAAUGUAAUGUGUAAGAGACACUUGGUAGAAAUGGACAGCUCCCACACCCUUCCUUUCUCAUCAUCUUUUUUAUUACAAAAAAAGUGAAAAUAAAGGCUGAAGUAACCCCCCCCCUAUAGCAUUGAAAAAUAUCACGAGCCCUGGAGAGAGAGAUUAAAGAAAGAAAGGCCAUGGAAAAGAAGGCAGCCAAGUGAGGCCGAAAUUAGUCAUAUAUAAAUGAGGGUUGGUUUUGUACGAGAAAAUGUUAACUGAAAAAUAAGAAAAGAGUUGACAGAGAGGGAUGUGAAAUAUUAAGGGCUAAACAACUGUGGACACAUCAUACAAAUCGAAUCCAACAGGUCCGAGGAGAAGGACUAGGAAAAGGUGUUACCGGAUUUUCCUCAUGUGCAGCUGUGGCCCCUUCCUGGAUUUAUGACUGCCACAAAGAGUACGAUUUUCCCACAGUCCGAGGCGAAUAGACCAGUAGGUCCACCCGAGACAAUGGAAGGAGAGAUGUUGGCAGUGCACCAGGUUCCUCUUUAUGUGUAGCCAAAGCCAUCCAGGAGUGAGGAAUCAGAAUGAAUAUUUGAAAACAAUCAGGAUGUCUUUCCUACUGUCAGGGAGUGGAAAAAAGCUCUCUGGAAAAACCGUCAGAUGGAUUCCGAGAAUGAGCAACCAGAAAAUAAGCUCUUUAGGACAGCUAUCAGCUCUAAUGGUUUUUAUUUAAGCCCUGUUACAGUUUUGAGUAAAAGGUGAGAGGCCACCAAACACAGGCACAUGGCCGGUGGCCCGACCGCCGCCACUAAAAGGGAAGACCCUGGGGGCUUCCCUAGUCAUUUCGUGUACUUUUAAUAUAUUUUGGGAUGUGGAAAAAAACCAUUUACAGUGUCGCCUAUGGAAAAGUUCACAUCCCUUGGGGAUCUGGGGCAUUUUGCCCCGUGUCCUCCUCCAGGUGAGUGCCACCGAACCCCUAGUGACAAGCCCCUGUACAGUGACGACUCCCAUCCCCUCGGGUUAAUGCAAAUUAAUUGAUGAAUUUAAAAUGUUUUUGUUUGGUUUGUUUUUACAUUUCUUUGUAGAGUUUUUGUUUUUCAAGAACUGUAUGAUUUUUGAAAUGGAGUCAGCAUGGUCUUCAAGAGCAAUUUUAAUGUCUGUAGAUAUACCAGUUUGGUCCUUUGUGCUGAUAAUAAGAAGCUACAUUCGCAGAUAAUGUGAUUGAUUGUUAAUCUUACUUUGCAUUUUUGGCACACAGAGGAGGCCUAUUACACAUUAAUGUCCAUGGGUCAGUCUGGUGUGGCCAAUGCAAAGUCAAGUGAGUGCUGUUUCUUCUUUUUGGUAUCCUCGUACGUAGCUUUUCCAAGAUUUCAUAUCUUUUUUUAUCUCUGAUAAUUUAUUGCUUAUGUCUGACCAGUAAUUUUUCCAGAGACCAAAUUCUUAUUUUUAUAUGGUUUUUGUAAUCUUGCGGCAUAGUUUGAUUUAUUUA